UAGAAGCAUGGAGUAUAUAAUCUCCAUGGAUAGAAGUUGGUUCAUCUUUUUCACCUUCUGUUCAUCUUUUAUAUACAAAAAAAUUAUAAUUAUUAUUGAAUUGCAAAUCAUAAACAUUUUGUAAAACGAAUUAUGUCAAAUUUAAAUAUCGAUACAAUAGAAGAGGAUGCAGCAGAUUUACAGUUUCCUAAAGACUGGACAUCAUACAGCAAGCAUUGUAAGAAACUUAAGAUGUCAGUCGAGAAAGGGGAACAUUAUACUUUGGACACAAAUUGUUUCAUUUGUAAAUGUAUCAUUAUCGAGCCAUACAUUUACUGUGCCAUUUGUAAUAUUAUUUUAUGUACUACUUGUUUUGCAAAUGGUAAAGAGAAAUCAGAACAUGAAAAUAAUCAUGAUUAUAUAAUUAUUCAUAAUGAUUUCCAAUUAAUUAAAGAUUCUGGCUGGCUAGCUUGGGAAGUAAAAAGUCUGCUUGAUUUAUUACAUGAAUAUGGUUAUGGAAAUUGGGAUGAUAUAUCUAAUAGAUUGAAAGGAAAAUCUUCAAUUGAAUGUGAAAGUUAUUAUAUCCAAAAUUUUGUAGAUGAUCAAUCAAUCCCUAAUUUACCCAAGUUAAAAAAAUCUACUUCUAGUUCUAGUAGCUUUGAACCAAUAUCAUUUAUAUUUCAAUUGGAAAAUAUUGAAAAUCCACCCAGAUUUGCAUCCGGAACUAUAAAUUAUAAGCUUAUAGGCGGUUAUAAUGCAGCUAGAUCAGACUUUGAAGUAAAUUUUGACAAUUAUGCUGCACUAGAAAUAUCCAAGUUGAAAUAUGAUAGCUCUAUCAUUGAAAAUAGGAAUUGUAAUUUGGAACAAUGUUUGCAAAUUGCUAUAGUGCAAAGUUAUAAUAUGAGAUUGAAAGAACGUGCUCGCAGACAAAAAGUUAUAAGGAAUCAUGGAUUGAUAUCUAUACGAAAAAUGACAUCUUGUUUAUUACGAUAUAAUUAUACAGUAACGAGACUUCUUGCUGACAGAAUGAGAAUUUUUAGUCAAAUUUUAGAUAUGAUAGAAUUUGAUUCUAUGAUGGAAUGCUUACAUAGAAUUGGAGAGUUAAAAACUAAUUUGAACCAACUCUUUAUUUACAGAAAAUGUGGUUUGCAAAAUUUUUAUAGUGUUCUACUAUUUGAUGACCUAAAUAAGCUUCGGCAAGAAUAUGAUAAAAAUAAAAAGCAACAUUUAGUUAACAAUGAUUAUAAUUGGCAGAAAAAUAUUUCUGUUGAAUUAAUUAACAAUACUUCAUUAUCUACAAAUCUUCGUAAGAGAAAAAUAGCUCCUCCUCUUGAUAUACAUUCAGGAAUGAAAGAGUAUAAUAAGUUAGAUAGAAACGAAAGAGACCUUUGCUCAGUGGUUAGAAUUUUGCCAGAAUUAUACGUGGAAAUAAAGCAUUUGCUGAUUAGUGAGAAUAAAAAAUGUGGUACUGUAAAGUUAGCACAUGCUAGAAAUUUACUGAAGAUUGAUGUUAAUAAAACAAAAAAAAUUCAUGAGUUUUUAGCAAAACAUCAUUAUAUCCGAAUUAACUAACUGUUUUGUUUAGAAAGAAAGAAAAUUAUUUCUAGGUUAACUCAUAAGAUUAAACUUUAAAAUACAUAAUAAAUAAAGAUAAAUUUAGAAAAUAAAAUAUGUUUCUAUAAUUUUAAUUUUUGGAGAUCAAUUAAAAUUUGUAGAUUGAAGAUUCAUAUUUAUUUCUUGACUUCAAUUACCAAUGAAACCCA